AUGAAAUUGAAUGAUUUAAGUAAUCCAUUUAAUAAUUUUGAUAUUACAUCUUGGAGUACAAAUUUAGUUGAUAAAAUAAAUAAAACAUUAAAAAGACGUAAUAGAGAAGAAGAUCAGUUGGCUAGACCAUCAAAAUUAGCCAGAUUAGAUAGUGACAAUAUAACAGAUAACAAUGGUGUAACUCACGAUGACCAUCUACACUUAACUUCUACUAAAUUGGAUGAUGGCGAUGAUAUUCUUCUUAACGAAAAGAUAGACGACAAUAAUGACGCUUAUGACGACGACGAUGCGAAAGCUAAUGAUGCGUAUUGGAGAGGGGAGGAUCCAGCAGAUGACAGAGAUGAUAACGUAUUAGCAAAGCACGAGUUUGAUAAAGGAUACAAUGAUGAUAGCGAGAGCGAAGAUGAUGAGAAAGUUGAUGAGGAAGAAGACGAAUUGGAUAGGGAGGUGGAUGAACUUGAUGGAGAAGGAUAUGACGAGGAUGAAUAUGAAAGUGUGCAGAAUGACAAGAUAGACCCACGAAGGCUGCCUUCAUAUGAGGAAGAAGUCGUCGGUCAGGUUGACAGUGAGGAUAUUAUGAACAAUAAAGAGAAAUUCGAAAACGACAGAGAACAAGACUCAGAAGACGAGCCUGAAGACGAUGAGGAAGACAGCCAGCAUAAUCACCCACAGGAAUUUGCAGAACACUACAACGAUUACGUCUAUUCUGACGAAGAAGAUGAAGAGGAAGAAGACACUCGCGCUACAACACGAAACGACGCACCCAUAGAGUUAUCAAGUGAUAGCGAAUAA